UCGUAACCUUCUCACAAAGAUAGCAUUCAUUCAAUUCUCAGCAAGAAAUGGCGGAAGAAAGGGCGGAAGUAGUUCUAUUCAACGUUUCUGCGGGAAUCAUCGAGAAAGCGGGCAACCUCACAGUCCAAGAGAUUGGACUACUCUGGGGUGUCAAACACGAGACUCAAAAGCUCAGCAAGACAGUGUCGGCAAUCAGUGCUGUGCUACUGGAUGCAGAGAAGAAGCAGUGGAACAGUGAAGUCAAACAGUGGCUGACAACGCUGAAGGACCCCAUUUAUGAGGCUGAUGACUUGGUGGAUGACAUCUUCACUGAAACUUCAAGACUGCAACGGAUGACUCGGAAUAAGACGGCAAAAGAGGUAAGCAUCUUCUUUUCCAAAUCCAACCAGCUUGUUUAUGGUCAUAAAAUGGGCCAUAAAGUUAAGGCAGUGAGGGAGAAGCUAGAUGCUGUUGCAGCAGAUAGGACGUUCUACUUGGUAGAACAUCUUGAGGAGACACAAGUUAGGAAUAGGGCGAGAGAGACUCAUUCAUUUGUAGGUGCUGAAGCAGUUAUUGGGAGAGAGAAUGAUAAGCAGGCAAUUAUAGAAAUUCUUUUGGAUUCUAAUGUUGAGGAGAAUGUUUCGAUUCUUCCUAUAGUUGGAAUCGGAGGGUUAGGGAAAACCACGUUAGCUGAACUUGUAUUCAAUGAUGAAGAAUUUAAGAAACAUUUUGACCAAAAAUUUUGGGUGUGUGUCUCGGAUGACUUUGAGGUAAGAGUAAUUGUUGAGAAAAUUAUGGAGUGUGCACAAAAUGAAAAACCAAGAAACCUUGAAAUGAACACUCUGGUUAAUGAGCUUAAGAAAGAAAUUGAUGGAAAGAGAUACUUACUUGUUUUGGAUGAUGUAUGGAAUGAUAAUCAUGAAAAAUGGCUUAGCUUAAAAAAUAUUUUAAUGAGUGGUGCAAAAGGCAGUAGAAUUUUAGUGACAGUACGCGAGGAGAGGGUUGCAAAUAUUGUACAAACAAUGAAACCAUACUUUUUAAGGGGUUUAAGUGAACAUGAGGUUUGGCUUUUAUUUAAGAAAAUGGCUUUUGAAAAUGGCGAAGAGCCAAAGAAUCCAAUCAUUAAGUCAAUUGGAAUGGAAAUAAUUGAAAAGUGUAGAGGAGUCCCUCUUGCCAUAAGGAGUAUAGGAAGUUUAUUAUAUUUUAAAAACCCUGAAAAAGAUUGGUUGUCAUUUAAGGAUAAUGAACUUUUGAAAGUAACUAAUAUCCUGCAAACACUCAAGUUAAGUUAUGAUCAUCUUCCGUCAUACUUGAAGCAGUGUUUUACUUAUUGUUGUUUAUUUCCAAAGGAUUACAAAAUUCAUAAAAUAACAUUGAUUAAAAUGUGGAUAGCUCAAGGGUUCAUUAGGUCUUCAAGUCUAGACCAAUGCUUGGAAGAUAUUGGUCAUGAGUAUUUUAUGGAUUUGCUUUGGAGAUCAUUCUUUCAAGAAGUUGAGGAAGAUCAAAGGGGUAAUAUAUUACAAUUUAAAAUGCACGAUCUUAUGUAUGAUCUUGCAAAAUCAAUAGCAGCAUCUGAUAGCACCAUUUCUUAUUUACAAGAGGAAGACAUUCAUGAGAAAACACUCCAUGUAUCAUUUGAUAAAACAAUACUCUCAUCAUGGGGAAUUCCAAUCUCAUCGUAUGAAGCAAGAAGGAUAAGAACAUUUCAUUUGCUAGGUGGUUCACGAUAUCUAGAUAAAAGAUUGGAUGAGUCAACUUGUGAUGCAAUUGUUUCAAGUUUUAAGUUCAUACGCUUGUUGGAUCUACAUGAUAUGAAAAUUGAAUCAAUUCCAAGUUCUAUCGGGGAGUUGAGACAUUUAAGGUAUCUCGAUGUAUCUUAUAAUCCCAUCUAUAUGCUUCCUAGUUCCAUCACAAGAUUGCAUAAUUUGCAAACACUUAGACUCUUUGAAUGUAACAUUAAAGAAUUGCCUAUUGAUAUUAACAAAUUAGUCAAUCUCACACAUAUUGAUGGGGAAUUGCAUUUGACUCAUAUGCCACGUGGACUGGGGCAAUUAACUAAGCUUCAAACAUUGUUACAAUUUGUGAUGAGCCGGAAUAGCUCUUUAGACUUCAAGCACCACGGUGGAUUGAAGGAACUCAACGGGCUAAACAAGCUUAGAGGAACACUAGAGAUUAAGGGAUUGAGACACGGGAAAGAAGCUGCAUCAGAAUCUAAGGAUUCAAAUAUGAAAGAGAAAAUACAUCUUCAAGACUUGACGUUAUCCUGGAGAAAAGAAGAGGUGGAUGAGUCCAACGUUGGGUAUAAUGAAGAGUCACUUGAAGCCUUGCUCCCACACGGCCCUCUUUCAAAUCUUCAACUACUGUAUUUAAAUGGAUACGGUGGACUGAGAUUUCCAAGUGCGAUUUCUUCGCUUUCAAAUCUUGUAGAAUUUUCCUUAUACGCCUGUAACAAAUGCCAACAUCUUCCACCGUUGGAUCAGUUUCAUUCCCUCAAAACUCUCUAUCUUUAUAAAAUGAAUGAUUUGGAGUACAUAUCAGAGAGAGAAAACAACGGGGAGUUCUCUGAUUCUUCAUUCCUCCCAUCUCUAGAGCAACUCACAAUUCAACAUUGCCCUAAUCUAAAAGGAUGGUGGCAACGACAGAGGGAUUCUGUUGAGGAGUUCCAUAAUCAUUCACUGCCUUCAUUUCCUCAUCUUUCCAACUUACUAAUUCAGGAAUGCCCUAAGCUGAUAUCCUUACCUCUCUUUCCAUAUCUCGAAGAGCUAGUGCUGGAUAAAUGUAGCUUGAAGCCAUUGGAGCAAACACUGAGAAUGGAGGUGAUAAACACGGAAACCCCAAAGAACCUAACAUCAAUAGCAGCAACAUCAACCUCUUCUUCUUCUACACUUGCCGCUUCCUCGUUCAUCCCUCUCUCCAAAUUGAAGUCCAUGGAAAUUUGGAUUAUGGAGGAAACUCUACCCAAGGAGAUGAUGUGCAACCUCAUUUCUCUCCAAGAUUUAACGAUACAUAAUUGUUGUGGUCCUCUCCCUCUCUCUCGACAUCUCACUGCCCUUCAGUAUUUGACAGUUGGUGGUUCUAAAGAGGUUGAUUUAACAAACGAUGGAGACGAGAUGGAAUGGCAUGGCCUUCAGAGCCUUCGCCACCUACAUUUCUUGUACCUUCCAAAUUUGGCCACUCUACCGACACUGCGAAUUUGGGAUUGUCCCAUCUUAUCGAAAAGAUGCGAAAGGGAAGCGGGUGAAGAUUGGAGCAAGAUUGAGCACAUCCCAGACUUACGUAUAGACAGGAGACCUAUCAUUCAGUAAGGGAUUUAGCACAUCUGAAGCUUCAUUCUAUUUAUAUAUGUACGCAAUUUUCUGGAAUUGGCUUACAAGGUGAAGGCGAGGCCCCAUCUCAAUCAAGCUAAAUCAGAAAGAUCAAUGCUUUUAAAUGUGCACUUCCUCUCUGCAUGAUUCUCUUGACUGAUGGAUAAUGAAGCAUGAAGCAAUGCAGGAUAUUGGAGAGGUGGAUUCGCCGCUGAUAUUUGUGCCCUUACCAGUGAGGAUUUCCCAAAGAUUUGUAGAUACUGGGAAUUCAUCAGUGUCCCAUCUUACCACAAAGAUGCAAAAGGAAGUAUGUGAGAUUUUCCAUAAGAUUUGUUACAUCCUAGAGUUGGAAGGAGAGGUUUUCCAUAAGAUUUGUUACAUCCUAGAGUUGGAAUGAGAUCCAAUUUAGUGAAAAGUGGUUGAUAUACAACUUACUGAAGAAAAUAAGAGAUUAGCAUUGUCAGGAUCCAUGUUCAAGUGACUAGCUGUUUUGUAGGGAAAAUACAUAUUGUGCAAGGUCCAGACUUGAUCCAUGUAUAUCGAUGAGAAUACCAUCUGAACUUGCUCUGACAGAAAAGUGGUUGAUUUACAACUUACUAAAGAAAAUAAGAGAUUAGCAUUGUCAGGAUCCAUGUUCAAGUGACUAGCUGUUUUGCAGGGAAAAUACAUAAUUUUCCAGUGAGAUGGCUCCUUAGACUUUCCAUGAACAACGAUUUCUUGUUAGUGGACUACCGGCAUUGACAGAGCUACAGUUCCUUCUCUUUUGUAGACUUUGUUGAUCAUUUACAUUUUAGCUUGUAAUUCUUUAGAGGUUUUCUGCUGCUUGUAUGGGUAGAGGUCCACUCAUUUUAAUAAAUCUUUUAUUAAGCCAAAAAUAUAUAUAUAUAUAUAUAUAUGAUUGCUAAAUAACUAUAGCUAUCAAACAAAAGACAACAAAUGAGUACCCUUCCAACUGUUUGGGUCUGCAAGUAAAAUUAUGAAUACAUUAUUGUUACUAAUAGGAACUCCUCUCUUCAUAUUGCUCAUAUUAAUGUUUCAAUUAUUUUCACUUUCUUGGUAGUGGUUCUUGUAUCGGUGAGUAUUGGAAUUGGGCACAUGUUCCAGAAGUUUCAUUCUAUGAAUCAAGUUAGAUAUAUCAACACUUUACUGGACAGAAAUUUGCAUUCAAGGAGAAGAAAUUAUGAAAUGUUCCAAGUAUGCCAAAUAAAAUUGCUGCACAAAUGAUUGCAAAGGUUUUCCACAACAAUUUUCUCUGGUAGCAGCUUUUCAGAACCCAUGGAAAAAUGGGCUUCUAAAUUCUUAUUGUCUCAACUGAUUAACAAGUGGAUUAGAGAGUUUUUUUUCCCGCCAAGGAGUUUUCCAUUGAUCAGACUAUCUGUGGUUAGUUUGCAGUUCCUGGAGAUUUUAUUGGUCCUCCUUGGUGAUUAGAUGACAAGAGCAACAAAUGUCAUCUCAUAGCACUGUGAAGUCCACCACCUUGGAGGACUUGUGCUUUUGUGAAGUAGAAUGGAAAAUAAGGAAAAAUGUUUAGGUAUCAUGUUGGAGCAGAUAUAAAUUUGAUUUUAAACCAAGAAGAGAAUGAGAAUUAGCAGAUGAAGGAAGCAAUUGAAGGAGUUCUUGUUUGUUCCAUGUAGUCAGAGACCUAACAACCAUCAAGAAGAGCUUCUCUAUCCCCAACUGGGAGGGAUAUUCUUAAGUUAGGAAUUCAACCACCAAUGUCAAGUGUGAAAGUCAAAUUUGAGCCGUAUCUGACUUGGACUCCUUUUGUUGACUUUGGCUUGGACUCUACUCCUUUUUGGUUUUGUACUGUACUUGGUUUAGGAUUUGAAUCAUUUUCCUACUACCCCUUGACUUGGGGUACUGUAUAUAUGUGGGCUCUUUAUGUAAAUAUCUUCAGCCUUGGCUCUUGUCAACUGAGAGAGUGAGAGUUCUUUGAAUGUAUUUGGAGUUAAGGUUCUAUGAGAGUGUCUUUGUAUCACAUUUGUAAUCUCCUUAUUUUCUUA